AAGAUUUGCUUCCGGUUCCCCGCGCUCCUUCCGGUCACCAUGGCGACUGGGCGUCUUGGGAUAGGGGAGACGCUAGGAGCCCUAAAUGCGGCUUUAGGGCCUGGCAACCCAGUGUGGUUCAAAGAGACACAUGCACAGCACCUGCGAGUGAGAGACUUCCUGGCACCGCGACGCGCACUAGAAGCGCGCUUCGGGGAAGGGCAGGUGCCCGAGCAUGUGCUUCACGCCCUCACCGGCUUGCAGGGCCCCGGGGUGGCCCCAGUGCUGCGCUGCGCGCAGACACCAGCGGGCUUGUCGCUCCAGCUUCAGAGGCCUGUGGUCUUCGAGCGCGUGCUCAGCGCCGUGGACUCCUAUGCCACGCCAGACAGCCUGGCCUCACAAGGCCUGCGCAUCCUCCUGCAUUGCCCGGCGCUGCGUUGUAGUCCUGGUGCACUCCGCUUGAGCCAGCUGCGGGUCGUGAUCGUAGCCGAUCACUUGGCACGAGCUCUGCGAAGUCAAGGGGUGUGCGUGCGCUUAGUUCCUGCAGUGCAGGACCCGCAUUUAUCAACCUUCCUGCAAAAACUUCGAGUGGACUGGCCCACCUCCUCAGAAAGAGCAUCUUCGGAAAUCCUGAGAAACCUUGUGCUUUCGAAGCUCCCGACUGCUCAUAACCAGGAGACACUACCGCCUGGUGUCCUGGGCAGCCUGGGCCUGAAGGAGCUGGUGGAACAACAGGGCUACAGGGCUGGCUAUGACCCCAACCUGGACAAGUGUCUGGUGACGGAGGAUCUGCUGUGUGUGUUAGCUGAGCUGCAGGAAGCUGUUUGGUGUUGGCCCAAGGGCAACUACCCAGGCCUGGCCAGGCCCCCAAAUGACCCACACAGCUGUAUGGUCAUACACCUGGUGAGCUGUGAAGAGGAGUUCCAGCAACAAAAGUUAGACCUGCUUUGGUGGAAACUGGAUGACCAGGCUCCUCUCAGACAGAAGCACCUGGUCUGUGGCCCAGUGAAAGUAGCUGUAGCACCUAGGACGCUGACUGCCCUGCAAUACUACGACUCUUCUCUUCUCAACUGCAGGCUCCGGCAUGCUCAGGUCUGCAAGGCCUCAACAGUGAAGCAUGGUGACAGUCGGGUACAAGACCCGGCGUGGACAGAGAUCUUAGAGGUUCUCACUGUGGCCACCAUCAAGUUUGAGAUGCUGAGCACAGCACCCCAGGGUCAGCUCCUCCUCUCUGACAGCAGCAUCUCCACAAAGGGCACAAAGAGUGGCAUAUUUGUCAUGUAUAACUGUGCCCGUCUUGCCACACUCUUUGAGGGUUACAAGCGCAACGUGGAACAAGGUCUAUACCCCACUUUUCCAUCUGUGAAAAGUCUGGAUUUCUCACUGCUACACGAUGAGGGUGAGUGGCUGCUGCUCUUCAAUAGUGUCCUUCCCUUCCCACACCUGCUGAGCCAGACUGCAGGCCUGACCUGCACCAGCCCGGGGCUUCACAUCAGUGCUCGCACGGAGACAUCUCUGUCUCUAGGUAUGCAAGUUCCUGGUGCAGCUCAGCAUGGACUUCAGUUCAUACUACAACCGGGUACACAUCCUAGGGGAGCCUCGGCCACACCUCUUUGGGCAGAUGUUUGCACGCCUGCAGCUGCUGAGGGCCAUCCGUGAAGUGCUCCAUGCUGGCUUGGCUCUGCUGGGUCUCCCUCCACUCAGCCACAUCUAAGGCCACAGAGGGCCAACCACUAGGGACAUUUACAAAAUCUUCAACUGGGAAAAGAAAACAAAAGCCACAUGUUAGAACCUUGGAACCAAAAUAAAUUGCUUCUGUUACAAAA